AUGUCUGCCGUCAAGUAUCUCUAUAAAUAUGUGACCAAAGGCCCUGAGAGAGCCAACAUGACUGUUGCUCUUGAUAAUGGCGAUGCUCCACAAGAUGUGAACGAAACCAAUGAAUUCCGCGAUUCCAGAUACGUAUCUGCCUGUGAGGCCCCUCUGGAGGAUAUUCUCCUUCCCACUCCACGGACUUUGCCACCAACCUCAUGGGGGCGGUUCAGGCUGAAUAGUGAGGACCGACAGUACCUGUAUUCCGAGAUCCCCCAAGCACUACACAUGGAGCCAGCGUACGCACCGCUGGAGAGCCCGACGGCGAGGACCCCUCCGACACCAUCGGCCGACUGCACUGCAGUACGCGGUCCCAAACUUUGCGAGCAGCGUGGAUCGUGA